UACCAGAAUCUAAAACCGUGGCAUUUCGAAUUUGAUACUGUUUUUGCACUACACGGUACACACUCAUUAUCUUUCAGCCAAAGUCGUCUGUUAGCGAGCCCGAUUGUACCGUGUCUGAAAAAUUAACCCCAAAGUAUAUAUUUAGGUCCAGCAUUUUCUCGAACACCUGUCACAAUAUACAGUGAUUGAACUUGUGUUGAGGAGAAGAUGCAGGCUACGGUUGCAUCCAGGUGUUUGAAGAUUCUGAAUAAUUCCAUUCCGCCUCGCUGUUUUAAUCGUUAUCCUAUAACAUGUUCUCCUAAAUUAUUAAACCCAUGUCAAAUUGGCUUUGAAUUCAAGCAAAAUUCAAUCUUUACUGCACGCACCUCGCGUAGCUCCGGCAGAAAGAAGCCGUCUUUACUCCCUCAUAUCAAUGCUUUUCUGUCGGAUUUUCCCUCCAAAACACCCCAGAACCCAAGAUCGGUAUCGGAUGGCUAUGCGGUGUUCUCCACAGAAGCAAAGCCAGCACCGAAGCAAGCGCCUACGACGUCGUUGAAGAAAACUGAAGCUUCAGGAGGCCAACUCCCAGAUACUAAAAUCUUCGCAACUCUCGCAAAAUAUAUAUGGAUGAAGGAUAAUCUCGAGCUUCGGCUCCGUGUCAUUGCUGCAUUGGGCCUCUUAGUUGGUGCAAAAGUGUUGAAUGUUCAGGUGCCAUUCUUGUUUAAGCUUGCUGUUGAUUGGUUGACGACUGCAACGGGAAAUGCCAGUGCUCUAGCCGAGUUUACUGCUGCUAAUUCAACUGUUUUAGCACUUUUUGUUAGCCCUGCUGCGAUUUUGAUUGGGUAUGGGAUAGCACGUGCAGGGUCUUCUGCUUUCAAUGAAUUGCGAACUGCGGUGUUCUCUAAGGUGGCAUUGAGAACAAUUAGGCAGGUUUCCCGAAAGGUUUUUUCACAUCUCCACGAGCUCGACCUACGGUUUCACCUUAGUCGUGAAACAGGUGCUCUAAAUCGAAUAAUUGAUCGUGGUAGCCGUGCUAUUAAUUUUAUACUUUCAUCCAUGGUCUUCAAUGUUGUACCAACUAUAUUAGAGAUAUCAAUGGUGUCCGGUAUUCUUGCAUAUAAGUUUGGAGCACCAUUUGCAUGGAUUACAUCACUGUCUGUGGCUGCAUAUAUAAUUUUCACAUUGACCGUGACACAGUGGAGAACAAAGUUUAGGAAGGAGAUGAACAAAGCUGAUAAUGAUGCUAACACAAGGGCAAUCGAUUCUCUAAUUAACUAUGAGACUGUGAAAUAUUUCAACAAUGAGGCUUUUGAAGCUGAUAAAUACGAUGAAUUUCUGAGAAUUUAUGAAGAUGCUGCCUUACAAGCUCAACGAAGCCUUGCCUAUUUAAACUUUGGCCAAAAUGUGAUAUUUAGCACAGCACUCUCUGCAGCUAUGGUCUUGUGUUCCCAGGGGAUCAUGAAUGGCAAUAUGACUGUUGGUGACUUGGUCAUGGUAAAUGGGCUACUUUUUCAGCUAUCUCUUCCACUCAACUUCCUUGGAAGUGUUUAUAGGGAAACAAUUCAAAGUUUGGUCGACAUGAAGUCCUUGUUUCAGUUACUAGAGGAGAAGGCUGAUAUUAGGGAUGCAGACGGUGCCAAGCCUUUGAAGUUAGAUGGCGGUGGCAUUCAGUUUGACAAUGUCUACUUCAGGUGCACCUUAAAUUCUCUACUUGGCAAUUCACUGGGCAAGAUGGCAACUUGUAAACAAAUGAACAAAUACAGGAUCUUUUGAAUCAUCAUGCUCAGAACUCUGUCUGACAGCCAUCUGUUUAGUGCUGUUGAGUGGUACAGGGAAAUAAGCACUAUAUCUGGUGUGCUAAAAAAAAAAAAAAAAAAUGUUAGCUGGUGAAAAUUCCUGUGUAUAACAAGGGAAAAUUGCACGAUUGGUGCUCAACCUAUGACCUCUCUAUCAAGUUGGUCCUCAAACUUUAAAAUGGUACAUUUUAAUGUUCAGCUUCCUAUAUUGUUAAUCAGGUAGUCUCAAUGGAUGGAAACAGUCCUUUUGACUUUUGAAAGGACAAUUUUUUAUGCUAAAAAGACAAUUACGCUGUUAUUUAAGGAAUAAUUGAA